AACUGAGUAAGCCAUCAAUCGAACCGAAUCACCAGAAGAAGCUGAAGGAAAGGAAAUUGUGAGGAAAAGCGAAAAAAAGGAGAAAGAAUUGAGAGAGAGGAAAGGGAAAAGGGUGGGAAAUGGCAGCAAUAACGAGUGCAUUGAUAGCGGUAGCAGGAGUUAUACUUGGAUGGAUUGCUAUUGAAAUGGCUUGCAAACCUUGUCUUGAACAAGGCCGUAAUGCGAUUGGUCGAUCUCUUAAUCCUGAUUAUGAUCCCGACGACGAUCUCAAUGUUCAUGCUCCUCUCAACCCUAACCCCAAUCCUGAUCCUUCAGAUUCCUCUUCAAAUCCAGUCAAGGCCGUCUGAUCGUCCAAUAUUUCCUUGCUUGAUAUAUUCCUUAAUUGUCGUUUCUUAUGUUCUUUGAGUUUUCAAGUUUGAGGAGGUUUAUCUUGUGUGUAAAGAUGUAUUUGGACUACGGAAAUUUUAUAUUUAUUUUUGUUCUUAUGGUGGCCGCCAAUGGCAGCAGUCCUCUACUAAGAUGUUGAUACGCUCAAUUUGCAAGUAUUGAUUAAUUCAAUUAUAACACAGUGAGAUUGGUAUUAUUUGAAUUUGAAACGGGUCGGACCAUUAUCGUUAUGUGGUAAAAAUGUAACUGCAGUCCUGUAUUUGUUGAUAAAGGAAUAAUAAUAUGGUUUUCUUUCCUUUC